AUGAGCUCCAUUUUUCCCGAUCGUCUUUUGACAAAUAUCACCAUAAAGGUUCCUAAUAGCACAACUCAACAUGGCAAUGAGCAUAUAUUAUGCCUUCCUAUUAGCAAGAACUAUUGGCCUUCAGUUGCAGCUGUUAUUAUUUUCUUUGCCACAAAUUAUUUAGCCCAUGCAGCGACCGUUAAAUCAAGCCCUGGAGAUGACUCCCUUCUUCAGGGUUGUAAUGCUCUGUUGGCUUUGUUUUUUCCAAUCUCUGGUCUCCUGCGCGCUCUCAACGCUAUUGUUCGACUCCCGAUACUGGCCCGGAAUGAGCUCGAAAAGGCAUGCAGAGCCGGGGCAUUAUGUAUGGUUGUUCGAGCACCUCACUGGAAACCUAAGCCGGGACAGAAGUUUUCUGUGGGGGUAGUACUUGAGGAUGAUAUAGGUGUGGAGGAUACAGAUCCCGAGGAGCAAUCUGGGCACGACUCAUCUCAACCCAUAAAAGCAAACAUGAUAACAUAUCUUCCUUCAUACGCCCGCGAACAAUCAUCCACGUGGAUACACUUCGAUUCCGUCUGGGCCAGAUCGCGCGUGGAUUUACGAUUGUCGCGAGUACAUGGUACAUACGAGCUUCCAGAAGGUUAUGAGUUUGCCAUAGUGCCCCGCAACACCUUUUUGAUUUCUCAGGUGGCUUCAGACACUCACGGAGAUCCAAGGCUUAGUAGCGAGAUCAGUGCUAGCUAUAGUGUUCUGAAAGCAGUGGCCUCAGUUGUUCAGGUUGUCGCUGCAUUCACCACGCUUCUCUCAAAUCGCCCAGAUCUGAUUAGCCGCUGGGGAUACGCAUCAUAUCACCUUACAGUCAUACCAUAUCUUGCCAUGACUCUUGUUAACCUAAUUUCAAAUAUGGUCUCUCCAGACUAUUCUUGCUUAUACAUGAUACGAAGCGAGACUAUGGUUGAAGCAGAAAGAUCGGGUGGAAGAUUUGAAGGCGGAAUAGCGCAAAUGAUUUCCCUUUUACCAAAAGAUGGGAUGCAAGUUGAGAAUCCAGCAUGGAGUGGUCUUACUAAAAAAGACAUUCGAGAUUUCUCCCUUAGAAUUACUUCAACGGCUAGCCAGAUCUAUAUCUUCGAUAUGUUCAAUAAUCUCCUUGAUUUAAUCAUUGCAAGCAAGGCAAAGAAGAAGCUAUCCGCCAAAGAUGCCAAAAUGAUACAUCUGGAAGUCAUCUCUCAACUCGAUGCUUCUACUAUCCCCCCCGCAAACGAAUCUGAAACGAGCGCGACGCAGGCCGACCAACCUGUAAAUCCAGCUGGUAAAACCUUGCCUGAUGGUGGUAAUGAGAGCCCAGUACUACAAAAUGGAUUCUUCGUUGAUGAAUCCCGUACGCAGUCUAAUCCGGACAUCCUAGCAAGGCCAGUAGGUUCAACAGAUGAGUACCAAAUCCAAAUUCCUCGUGCACCCAGGCGGUCAUCAAGAAAAGGCCUAUUAUAUACCAUUCACCUUGCUAUGGAAGAUUUGUCAUCUGUUCGGGGUGAGAAGACAAGGUCAUUUUUCGCCAUGUUGCAGAACAUGAAGGUAAAUAGGAUGAGGCUUAAAGCCUACAAAUUUGCCGACUCUUACAUCAAACGGAUCAUGAUUCUAUAUAAUCUUGCAUUGAAAGAUUAUGUUAUUCCAAUAAGUUCAGGUGACUAUGCAGAGUUCACUCCAGUCCGAUCGGCUACAAUCUACCAUCCAAAUUGUCAUCGAUUUCUCCGCUGGGAUGACUUUGCUAAUUCGCCCAAAAGCAAUAAAGAAGAGUCCAAUGCGAUCCAACUCAGAGUACUUUCACCGAUCACUGAUAGUGAAGAGAAUUGCCUGGCCGCAUCUAUUUCCAAUGUGCGUACGCUACUUAAACUGCCGGAAAGACCCACUACGACUACUGCAUCAAUCGCCGAGCUCGAAGAGCUUCUUUACUCACCGACUAUAAAAAGAACAAGCGGACGAAUGGGAUGGGCUAUACUAGUAGAAAUUAGUAUCGGAAUUUGUGCUGUAGGUCUCUUCUUUGGGUUAAUUGCGGGAUUGACGGAAUUUCAUUCUGGCGAGAGUUCCGUAACUGAAAGAGGUAUCAUGAUGACCUGGCUUGCUAGUGGCCUAUAUGGAUUCUGUCUUCCCCUUCUCAGUACCCUUGAGCUUCUCAAGAUCCUCUUUUUGUUUCCAAUCUUUCUUUCUUUGUGUCUAUUGAGUGUUCCCGACAUCUAUCAUAACACUUAUGAAAUUAACCAAACGCUUAUAAAUGAUACACAAAUUGAAGCCUUUAGUUGGAAAAAGGGGAUCAAAAGGGCUUUCCGAGAGUGUACUAAAAUCGCGUUUGGAAUAUUCAUGUCUUAA